AUGCCGGGCGGGCGCGCAGGGGUUAAGGCUGGGCCCUCCCCCGCCCGGUGCCCGCCGGUCCCGGACCCUGCCCGCCCGGUGCCGGUGCCGGUGCCGUCCCAGUGCUGCUGCCAGUACUGGUCCCAGUGCUGUUCACAGUCCAAAUCCAGUCUCUGUCCCAGUCCCUGUCACAGUCCCAGUCCCAGUGCUGGUCCAGAUGCUGAUCCCAGUUCCCAUCCCAGUUCCAAUCCUGGUGCUGGUCCAAGUCCCAGUUCAGUAACGUUCCUCGUCCCAGUCCCAGUGUCGGUCCCAGUCCCAGUCCUGGUUGCAGUCCCAAACCCAGUCCCCACUGUAAUUCCAGUCCCAGUACCAGUCCUGGUGCUAGUCCCAUUGCUGGUCCCAAUCCCAGUGCUGGUCCUAGUCCCAAUCUUGGUCCCAGUCCCAGUGCUGGUCCUGGUGCUGGUCCCAGUCCCAAUUCCAGUCCCAGUUCCAGUCCCAAUCCCAAUCCCAGUCCUAGUUUUGGUCCAAUACCUGUCCUUGUCCCAGUCCCAGUUCCAGUCCCAUCCCAGUCCCAGUCCCCAUCCCAGUCCUGCUCCUAGUCUCAGUCCUGGUCCCAGUCUCGGUCCCAGUCCAGUCCAGGUCCCAAUCCUAGUCCCAGUCUCAGUGCCAAUCUCUGUCCCGAUCCCAGUGCUGGUCCCAGUGCAGUUCUGGUUCCAGUCCCAGUCCUGGUCCCAAUCUCAGUGCUGGUCCCGGUGCUGGUUCCAGUGCCAGUCCCAAUCGCAGUCCUGGUGCUGUGUCUCAGCUCCAGUGCCAGUCCCAGUUCCAAUCCUAGCCCCAGUCUUGGUCCCUGUCCCAGUCCAGACCCAGUCCCAAUUCCAGUACCAAUUCCAGUCCCAGUUCCAGUUCCAGUCAUUGUCCCAGUUCCAGUCCCAGUCCCAGUCCCUGUCCCCAUCCAGUUCCAGUCCCAGUCCUUGUCCUGGUCCCAUCUCAGUGUCAAUCUCAGUCCCAAUCCCAGUGCUGGUCCCGGUGCUGGUCACAGUCCCAGUCCAGUCCAGCCCCAGUCUCAGUCUCAGUCUCAGUCAGUUCCAGUUCCAGUUCCAGUUCCAGUUCCAGUCCCAAUCCCAGUCCCACUCCCAGUCCAAUCUCUGUCCCUGUCCCAGUCCCAGUUCUGGUCCCAGUCCAGAAGGGGGUACAUGGCUGCGGUGA